AUGUUCCCCUGCUUAGUUCAGGCACAGCCGGGAAGAUACCUACUUAGGGUGUACGCCAAGCCCGGUGCACGUGCGUCCGCCUUUGCUGCACCCCUGACCCCUUCGCUGACCGAGGCCGACUUGCGCAUUGCGGCAGCACCGGUGGAAGGGCAAGCAAAUGCGGAACUCCUUCGCUACCUUGAUGAGCUCGUUGAGCGUGGCUUCCGUUCGAUGACGGAGGACCAUACCGAGUACGUGAAAGACACCUGUUAUGCACAAGUGCUAGCAGCGGAUGCAACUACCACUGCAGCCUCCACCCAGUCCGCCAAGAGCAGUAGCGGUGGCGAUCGGAUAUCGACAAAGAAGGGAAGGUCGAAGAAUGCGGUAGCGACAAGCUGCGCCUCGUUGCGGCUGCGGAGUGGUGCUGGUGACUCGCAGCAGCCGACGGGGUCAACUGCUCCGCCCUCAGAGGCGGUAUUUCCAGAUCGCAUAGAGGUCAGUCUAGUGCGUGGCGGCACAUCACGAGAGAAGACACUAUUGGUCGUGUUUCCCGGCACCCGUGCUCAGCUGGCAGCUAUACUAGAAAAGGAGUCUCAGGAAUGA